GCUGUGUUGGCAGUCUGCGCGCCGAGGUUUGGGCACUCUUUGGGGUGCUGAGGGCUGGGCGGAUGGCUCAGGAUUGGGCGGGCUUCUCCGAGGAAGAGCUGAGGAGGCUAAAGCAGAAUAAAGAUCCGUUUGAACCUCAGCGCCGUCUUCCUGUGAAAAAAACUCGACAACAGCUUCAGCGAGAAAAAGCCCUUCUGGCACAGAGCCAAAAGCUUGGUCUUCAAGAUGGAUCCACCGCAUUACUUCCAGAGCAGCUGCUCUCUGCACCCAAACAGAAAGCGAACAAUCAAAAACCGUGUCCUUCUUCCCCUGCUGCUCCUAGUCCUCUCACACUCACCUCCUCUACGGGCAAUGGAAAGCCACAAGGUGUUGAAAGUCAACCACGAGAACCAGGACUUGAGAAUUCCCAUCACAGAAAUGCUGAGAUUCGAGCUCAAAAGCCAGAUUGCAAAGAGGAGAAAAAGAAAAUGGAAUUGCAAGAAAAAUCUCGUUGGGAAGUCCUCCAACAAGAACAGCGAGUAAUGGAAGAGAAAAAUAAACGUAAGAAAGCCCUUUUGGCUCAAGCCAUUGCGGAAAGAUCUAAAAGGACUCAAGCAGAGACCAUGAAACUAAAGAGGAUUCAGAAGGAGUUACAAGCCUUAGACGACAUGGUGUCGGCUGAUAUUGGAAUCCUCAGGAACAGAAUUGACCAGGCCAGCCUAGAGUAUUCCUAUGCACGGAAGCGCUUUGACCGGGCUGAAGCUGAGUACAUUACAGCAAAGCUGGAUUUACAGCGCAAAACCGAGACAAAAGAACAGCUUACCGAACACCUCUGUACCAUCAUCCAGCAGAACGAACUCCGGAAGGCCAAGAAACUGGAGGAGCUGAUGCAGCAGCUGGACGUGCACGCUGAUGAGGAGGCUUUGGAACUGGAGGUGGAGGUUGAACAGUUGCUUCGAGAACAAGAAGCAGAGGCAGGCAAACAAGUGGCUACUGCGGAGAGGCUGUGUCAGCCUGACGGGGAGAGUGUGUCCUCAGGAAUGGCUGAAGAGAACAAAGAGCCUCAAGAGCAAGCUGCUUCCCCACAGGCAGACAAGCCUGGCAAACAUUGCAGUAGCACUUCUCUUAGACCAGAUUGCCCAGACAGAGGAGCCAAGAACUCUUCAGCUGCUGUGGCCACAUGAGGGACUGGUGUUUUUCCAGUUAACAUAUUUCUGUGGUAAAUUAUAGCCUGUCCCAUAAAACUUCUUCAAACCUGUUCGAACCAUUCUUAGUGUUAGUAUAUCACUAUGUCAGAUCAUCCCAAAAUCACAAUUGUGAUGGUUUCCUAUGUAAGACAUAUUGACUCCUUGGUGUUCCUUCAAUCCUUGUUACUGAGUUAAAAUAAGUGACUCAAGGGAUGGAGGAGCCGCGGUCCCUGGGUUUGAUCUCCAGCACUACAGAAAGAGCAAAAUGGUUGGAGACUGAGUUAAAUAAGUGACUCAAGGGAUGGAGGAGCCGCUGUCCCUGGGUUUUAUCUCCAGCACUACAGAAAGCAAAAUGGUAGGACGAAAACUACACGGCCAGAGUGUUUGAGCAGGUAGACUCAGAAAAACAAAGUGAGAUGCUUUCUAAUACUUGACCAAACUUAACUUGUGAGAAAAUAACAAGAUUGCUUGGCUUCUAUGCAGUCAUUAAAAAGCCAGAAAUUAUUACAAACAGAGAGAGGAGAAGAGAAAAACGGUCAGAUUACCAAUCUGGAUACUACUAGAAUGACUACACACAACUUGGAAAUCAACUUGGAAAUUAUGUAAGGAAUUAGAAAACGUAAGCCAGCAUUAUUUUCCCUUUAAAUUGCUGGUAAAUGGUUUCUUGUCUACACCUGAAUCUUGGUUAGCUGAUACCCAUCCAUAAACAUACUGUCUGUGUGUAACUUCACAUUUACUGUACUCUGUUUUUCUUAAUGGAUUGACAGGUAAAAUUCAGACAAAUUUUUAAAGUGAAUACGGAAAUGGUGAAUUUUAUUGCCACUUGAUAAUCCAACAAUGAUGUAUGAGAGAUGUAUAUGUUGGGUAUUGAUUAUGCUGUCAUAAAGCAUUUAAAUCAUUAAAGUACUCAUUUUCUAAUUAGUUUCAUAAUUUGUUAAUCACCUGUUUUUUAAUACUUGACCGCUGAUUGUGCUAGAUGUGAAUGUUUUAGUUUUGCCACAAAAUACACCAAUAUUAUCAUAAAUUAUGAUCUGUUUAGCAGAAAUUACAAAAAAAAUAAAUAUUUUUUGGUCAUAAAAAAGGAGCUAGUAUUAAAGAAGAUAAAGACAUUUGUAUCAUAAUGCAUUAUAGAAAAUUUACAGACAUCCUGUUUUUAAAUUGUUGUUUAAGGCAUUAUCUAGUGAUAAUAAGGAUGCUUUGUAUUUUUCAGUGACCUAAGCUGCAAGUAUGAUUUCCAGUUGCUGACUUCUAAGCACAAACAUUUAUUUAGAUGCUGUUAUUUUUAUUUAUGAAAAAACUCCGUUGCCCUGUACAGUCUUAUUUUUCUAAGGAAUAAACAAGUCUGAUAUGUUUA